ACAUAUAAAUGGUUGGGCAAAAUUUGUUAGAGCAACUCAACUAUGUCUUGAACCAAUUAUUUCUAAUGAAGAACUUAAAGAAAUUAAAAUGCUGUUUAUAGAUUUUAUUAAUUAUUAUGAGCA